AACGAUUAAAAACUGAAUAUGAAGAAGCAAAACAAAAAAAAGUAUGCGAUUUUGAUUUAGAAUUUGAACGUAACCUAAGCAAUUUUGUGUCAGAUUGUGAUCGAAAAAUUGCGAGCGCACAGAAGCGUUUGGAUAAAACACCCGAGGAUAGCGCAAAGGUCUCGCAACUGACAAGAGAAAUUGAAAAUUUGUCAACUGAAAUAUCAGAAAUGACUAAGGAAGUAGAGGUUUUGGGUGAAGAGGGUAAAGUCAGUGAAUCGAUGAAAUUAUUGCAGGACGUUGAAGCGAAGAAGACAUUGAAACUCGAAAAAGAGAAAGAGCUUAAAAAUUCUGCAGAGGGUGGGGGUCCUUCUCAGCAGCAAAAGUUGCGGGUCUGUGAAGUAUGCAGUGCCUAUCUAUCAAUAUUUGAUUCGGAUAGACGGUAUAGAUAUCUAAAAAUACGUGAUUUAUUGAAAGAACUCAAGGAAAAACAUAAAGAUCGUCGUAGUGAUUCAAGAGAAGGGCGAGGUUAUCAAGAUCGUGACAGAGAUCGUGAUCUCCUGAUAGACGUGGUGGCAGAAGGAGGUCUCGAAGUCCUCCGAGAAGAAGAUAUUAAUAUCCUACUGAUGUAUGAUCGUCUUCGAAUUGCAUUACUAAAUCUUGAAUCAAUUCCUGCUCACAAAAUUCCCUCUCCGCCAUAUCAACAACGAAGGGCUAGCGUUGCCAUUAUUAUUCGUAUUAGGCCUAAUCCUUCUCAUUUAACCCAUAAUUAUCAUGAUCAAUCUUUAUCCGCUACACCAAUUUCAUCCUCCCUAAAUCAUUUGAUAGAAUCAUCUAAUGGGAAUCUGCCUACAAUUUCUGCAAUUCUUGAAGAAUUUUGGAAAUUACCUUGGGUUGCGAGUGGCGAACCUGAAAUUUUGUACAUAAAGCGGGCUUUAAGAGAAGGUGAUCGGUGGAGUGGUCAAAUGGCCUUUCCGGGCGGAAAACAAGAUCCGAAGGACGCUGACGAUUUGGAUACGGCUGAAAGGGAAGCGUUUGAGGAGGUUUUUCUUCAACUGACUCAAGAAACACCUCCAAUUGAGAUAUCUGGCUCUGAAGUGGAUUCAACCCAUUGGAUCCCACUUUCUAUAUUUCUUGAUCCUCAGAUAACUCAAAAAUGGAAUCCAGCUUCAAUCGAUUUAUCAUCUCGAAUUGCCCCAAGAUCAUGGAUUAUCCAAUGUGUAUUAAAAACAUUUAUUGGCCGUAUGCACUUUCAUUGUAUCGAUUUACCACAAAUAAGUUCCAAUGCGUCAUCAAUAUCUGGUAAUAACAAUAAUCGAUCAUGGACUAUCUCAGAUAUUGAAACUUCAAAAACAUUAUCGACACGUCCAGAUAUUCAGAUUGGAUCGGUCACAACGUUACGGUUAUGGGGACUUACACUACAAAUGACUAGUGAUUUGAUAGAUAUGAUGUAUAAGCCCGAUGAAGUUCCACCCAGGAGAUUAGACGCUUUUAGGCCAAAAUUUGAUUAUUGGGACGAAAUUACAGAAGACAGCAGGUGGAUUUUGCAUCAAGAAGGUGACUAA